GACUUGACGUCUGUGGCGUCGUUAUGUGAAGCUUUUACGCCCUGGAGUCUGGAUAGCAGCUCAGGAAAACCUGCGCUUUGUCACCGUGUCAGCUAAACCGGAGCUAGUCUGGUGAGACUGGUGGGUCUGAGGCCUGAGCAGCUAACGUUAGCCGCCUCACAGCAGCAGCAGCAGCAGCAGCGCAGCAGGGGGAGGGAUGAGUCUCUCCCCUGUUAUUGGCACAGAAGUGCCAGAAGCAGCGAACGGGGUGGCAACGCCUGUUUCUUUGGAGAACGGCCCUCAUGCACCGGUCUCGGUAAAAUACGGCGGGAGCAGGUUACCCGGUAACGGAGCCGAGUCCGUGGACGGGUCCGGUGGACGCGCAGAGAACCACGUCGAUACAGCAAACAGACUGCACACUGUAGAAAGCAACUUUGAUAGUUUAUCACUGCGCAGUCGCCAGGCGGCAGACCCCUCUUUUCGUGAUGGGGCCGGCACGGGAGACUCCGACUCCAAAGACACAGACAUUCCCGAGGCCUCCAAGACUGACGACAUGGUCCUCAUGUGGGAUUCUAGACGGCACGAAGAGCUCAAAGAGCCAUGUCAGCAGGGAGGGUCCGACGUGGCAGGAAGACAUCAGACAGGGGCUGAGAGAGUAGAGAGAAGGCGUGGUGGCCGAGGGGAAGAGGAGGAUGGAGAGACAGAGAAACAGGAUGUGGAGACUGACGAGAAGCACGAGAACAGAUGGAGGAACACAGGAGGAAGAACAGAGAAGGAGCCCUCCCAGCACUACUCCUCUUCAGCCCCCAGUCCUAGUACCUCCUCCUCUUCCACCCUUCAGCCUGCUGUUCUCGCCUCAGACAACACCCCGUGCCCUCCUCACGUCAUGGCCCAAGUGUGGGUUCGCAACAACCGGGGGAUGCAGGACAGCAAGAGCCUGGAUGAAAUCAGCCAAGCCUGUGGAGGUGGUGCAGGAACCAGAGGAGGUGGCAGAGGUGGGCAGUCCGAGGGCCGAAGGGCCACAAUCUCCUCAGCUUUGGAGCUGGAGGGGACGGUCAGCCAUGAGGGAGACCUCACCAACUUCAUCACAAAGAAUCUGGAGCAGAAGAUCAAAAUGAGCUCCAAGCCCAGUCUGGACUGCAGCGAUUCUGACUGUUCUGGUCCAAUCUACCGAAGCCGAGGGUUGACACGGAGACCGGCGGACAUCCCGCCAAUCGAUCCGACGGUCCUGCUGGACCUCCAGAGACACACCCAGGAGCUGGCCCACAGCGUGGAGAUGAUGAUGAAGAGCCUCAAUGGAACCAUUCAGAAUAUGACCGCUCUGAGCGUCGGCUACAUCCAGACCUACAGAGACUCUGUUGACAGCCUGGGAGAGUCCGUAGACAUGAGUAUAAAGGGUAUGUACACACUAAUGGCCCGUUGUGAGGAGCUGGAUCGCUCCAUGCAGCCCAUACACACACUGGCGGCUCAGAUCCGUGACAUCAAACGCACCCUGGAUGCUCUGGAAGCACUCUGCAAGUAAUCCUCUUCCCGCCAGAUCCGAAACCAGCUCCAGUCCGCAAAGAUCCGACCCUGGAGCCCAUCCACCAAAAGGACGGCGACUAGCAAACGCAACACCGUUUCGCAGGUAGCACACACACAUUGCAGCGAAGAUUAAGUGCACCUCAGGAGCCCGGACCCCGUCGCUGCUUGGCAUGCUGAGUGAUUGUCG